AUGCUACCUUUCACUUACCACGUCUUCCUCAGCUUCAGAGGCAAAGACACCCGCAAGAACUUCACUGACCACCUCCACAGAGCCCUGAAGCAGGAAGGCUUCCACACCUUCAAAGACGACAACGACAUCAACCGUGGCAAAAACAUAGGCGAAGAGACCAAACAAGCCAUCCGACAGUCGAGAGUCUCCAUCAUCGUCUUCUCCAAGGACUACACUUCCUCGUUUUGGUGCCUCGACGAGCUGGCCAUGAUCAUGGAAGAGCAUCGUCGAUCAGCUCCACACCAUGUCGUUGUUCCCGUCUACUACGACGUCAAUCCUGCUGAUUUGGCCAAGCCAAUGGGAAGCUGCUUCGCCAAAGGUUCUGCAGAAAUGGAGAUAGUUGGUGUGUGGAAGGAAGUACUUCUUCAGCUUUCAGAAAUUGAAGGACUAGUCUUGCAAAACGGGUACGAGGCACGGUUCAUCCAAGAUAUAGUUGAGAAAGUGAGAAGCAGAGUUACCCGUGUGCCGCUUCAUGUUCCUUCCAAUCUUGUUGGCGUCGAUCAUCACAUAAACCGCAUCAGCUCAUGGGUGCUGCAGAGUGAUGAUUGCAGAUCUGCCAGUAAUGGCGUCCUGGCUGUAAUCUGCGGAAUCAGUGGGGUCGGGAAAACGACCAUUGCAAAGGCAGUUUAUAACCUGAGCUUCGACAAGUUUGAUGGAUUCAACAACUUACAUGAAGGAGUUCAACAUGUCCGGGACGCCAUCUGCUUCAAAAGGGUUCUCCUAGUUCUCGACGAUGUUGAUGAAGUCGACCAAUUGGAUGCCAUACUUGGAGCUAGAGACUGCUGCUGCAGAGGAAGCAAAAUCAUCGUGACGACUAGACACGAAUCGUUGUUCAGGCGAAGUGACAUGACCACCAAGUUCCGAGUUGAGCCGCUGGACGAAACCAAUUCGCUGGAACUAUUCAGCUGGCAUGCGUUCGAACAGCAUCACCCAUUGAGGAGCCACGUGAAGCACUCAAAAUCGGUCGCGAACUACUGUCAAGGUCUGCCUUUAGCUUUGGAAGUUCUGGGCUCUUCACUCGCCAACAAGAGCAUAGAGCUGUGGGAGAGUGCGCUGGAAGAAAUGGAGACGAUUCCUCCUAGGAAAGUUCUGAAGAUUCUGAAGAUCAGCUACGAUUCGCUGGAGAAUGAUCACCAUAGGAGAGUGUUCCUCGAUGUGGCCUGCUUCUUUGUUGGGAUGAAGAAAGAUUACGUAGUGAACAUACUGAAUGGGUUCGAAAUCAGCGCAGCAUACACGAUUCAGAGCUUGAUGGAUCGUUACCUUGUGACGGUCGAUGAAGAUCGUAGGGUGAGGAUGCAUCAGUUGGUUCGGGACAUGGGGAGAGCUAUUGUUUUCGACGAAUCCGAGAAUUCAGGAGAGCGCAGCAGGUUGUGGCGGCAGAAGGAUGCCAUUGAAGCUUUGAGAGAGAGCACUGGGACUGAAAGAGUCAGGGGACUAUCCCUGAACUUGGAAGAACACGGCCAUGGAAGUCCUGAUGAAGAUUCUUCCAGGAAAUGCCUUCUCCGGUUAUUCAGGUGGUGCAGAAAGGCUGAUGGAUCCAGAAAGUUGCCAGAUGGGAUGAUGAAGUUUCAGAGGAAAGCGCUUGCAAAGAUGAGCAGGCUGAGAUUGCUGAAGCUCGGUCAUGUUAAGCUCAAGGGAGAAGAAUACAGGGAUCUCCCCAGAAGCUUGAUCUGGUUGUUCUGGAGAGGAUUCCCCUUGAAAUCCAUGCCUCAAGCUUGGCAUUUGGAGAAGCUCGUUGUGCUCGAUAUGCGUCACAGCUGCCUCAAGUUUGCCUGGAAAGGACUAAAGUUUCUCCGAGAGUUGAAGAUCCUGAACCUGAGUCACUCUCAUGAUCUCGUAAGGACUCCAGACUUUCUCAGCAUACCUAUCCUGGAAAAAGUAGUACUCAAGGGUUGCAUCCGUCUGCUAGAGAUCAACAAAUCCAUAGUCCAUCUCAAAAAGCUUGCAGUUCUAAAUCUGAAAAAUUGCAUGAGCCUUAGAAGACUUCCAAACAACUUUGAACUACUAUCCCUCGAAAAACUCGUCUUAUCUGGUUGCACAAAUCUUGAUCUCCCAAUAAAGCCAUGGAAGAUGGAAUCCCUCAAGUCACUUCACAUGGAUGGAGUUGCAGUGAAUCAAUCACAUAAGAAGAAACUAACAACCUUCUCAGUUUCUGUCUUGCCAUAUUCAUUGCUUCCUGAGACCUUCUCAAAUCUCUCAGUUCUCGAGAGCCUGGACUUAUCUGGAUGUAACAGCCUGAUAUGGCUUCCGGAGCUCCCAAGGAGUUUGGAGAAGCUGAAUGUGUUCCACUGCAACUUGUUACGGAGGCUCACAAAUCUUCCAAAUUUCUAUAACUUGUUGCUUUUGAGCAUCAUCUAUUGCAAUGAGCUCGUCGAAAUCCAGGGAAUAUUCAAGCUGGAGCCUGCUGGAGAAGAUGCUAUUGAGCUUAUCAACCAAUCUGGGCUAUACCAUUUGGAAUCUGCAGACAAAAUUGAAGUGACACUGAUUAAUAUGCUCACGUCAACAACAACGAAGGCAUCUAGUCUCCAGAUACUGCAUGAAUGCGGGAUAUCCAAUCUUUACCUUCCAGGAAGAGAGCUACCAAGCUGGUUCCAUCACCAAAAGGAAGGGUCAUUUCUACAAUUUCAAGUGCAUGUGGUUCCAGGCCACGAGCUCUGUGGACUGAACCUCUGUGUCGUAUAUGGCUAUGAUGACUCAAAACCUUCCAGAGAGAUAUCUGUGGACAGAGAUUGGAUCGAAUUUGUGGCCAGAAUCACAAACCAAACCAAAGGCGAGAAAUGUGUUUACUAUCCAAUCAUUCUAGGGAUCCCAGAAGGCAAUAAUGAAAUGUUAUGGCUGAGUCACUGGAAAUUCGACGAAGGUCUGAUAGGAAGUGGGGAUAAAGUUGAUGUUUCAGUUCAAGCAAGACCUUUAGUAGUAAGGAGAUGUGGGGUACAUCUAGUGUACAGAAAGGUAUCCAUGACCCACGUAAAGCUCGGAAGCGAAAAAGGGGCAUCUCUAGAGGACAUGACUAUCAGUGAUUACGCAAAGGCAACAGGGAAGAUCAAACCAGGUUGCAAUCUUCUGAACAACUAUGUGUAUAAUGGGUGCAGUAUGUUUUACAUAGAAGAAGAGGAAGGUGAACCAAAGAAGCAUCUCUUCUACGAGGCUCACUUUUUCUCUUAG